AAAGGUCAAGGAUGCGUCCUGGCUGUAAAUAUGGUGGCUUAUGCUUUAUGUUUCGUAGAGUUAUCCUAAUUAUUAUCCAGUUAGACGAUGUAGCGUAAUAACACAUGCGGCCUCCUUUUUAAACUUUCCAGUCUUAUGAAAAGGAGCGCUGCAAGAAAUCUGUUUACUUUGUGUUGCGUUAUUGCAGCCAUUCGAUCUUGAGCCGCAGCGAGCCGUUGUUGUGCUUUUUAUUUUUGUGAACUGAUUACCCUUCAGUAGUUUUUUUUGGGCAGGCUUUGAAGAUUGACAUGCAAGUAGCCAAUUAAUGCGCUCUAUCCAGGGUUGAAAACACCCAUAGUUCCGAUUUUUAAUACCCCGCCUUCCCGGCUCAGAUUUGUUUUUGAUUCACGAGUCGACCUUUCAUUUCUUAAAGCUGGAUUUUUUACCCAGGAAUAUGGCUGCAAGACUAAACGUGAAGAAGCACCGUAACUGGUUUUUAUCGUGCGUUGCACGCAGCUGAGCUCACUUAAUGGUAUAAUCCAUGGAUGUGUUAGAAGAAGAUCUUACUUGCCCCAUUUGCUGUUGUCUGUUUGAUGACCCACGAGUUCUUCCAUGUUCGCACAACUUUUGUAAGAAAUGCCUGGAAGAUAUCCUUGAGGAAAACCGAACUGCUUUCCACAAGUUACCAUUUAAGUGUCCGACUUGCCGCAAGGAAAUCUCAACUGCUUUGAAUUUUAUGCAGAUCAAUUAUGUACUGAGAGCAAUUGUAGAGAAAUAUAAUCAACUUAAAGUAACUCCCGAGAUGUCUUUGUGUAAAAAGCAUACCAGCCAGCCACUUAACAUUUUCUGUUCCACCGACCUCAGGCUAAUAUGUGGGUUUUGUGUAACUAUGCCAGAACACAAAGGGCACACAUUUUGGUCCAUUGAAGAGGCCUGUCAACAAGAGAAAAAGGCCUUUGUAGCCCUUUCCUGUCAACUGACGAGCUGGCAUGCUACUGAUGUCAAGUCUUGCUUAGAGAGGCUGGAUACGGGUAAAAAAGAGGUGUUGCAGCUAGUUUCCAAGGAUGCAGACAGGGUUGCAGAAUAUUUUAACAGAUUAAUUCAAACUCUUGAGCAUAAGAAGAAUGAGAUUCUUUCUGACUUUGAAACGAUGAAGUUAGUGAUAAUGCAGACUUAUGAUCCUGAAAUAAACAAAUUAAACAAAGUGCUGGAAGAGCAUGCAAGUGCUCUUCACAUCAUCAACUCUUUCACUGAAACUGCAGAUUCCUUUACAUUUUUACUGAAAAUGCAAGAUAUGCGAGAGAAACUGACUAGAAUCCAGGAUGUUAUUUUGCCUUCUCAUGGUGAUACAAGUGCACAUCAUCUUAUGAAAAGCUUUGAUACCAAGCAAUGGGACGAUGUGAAACUCAAAGACAUUGAUAAGCUUGCUGCUCCUCAUGAAAAGUGUGUGUUUCAAUUUACAAAACAAAAAUAUAGUUGGGUUUUUUGGAGUUUUGUUUUUUGUGCUUGCUUGUUUAUAAUCUUAAUGAUGAUGGAGUUCUUCAACAUUUCAGGACUAGCAAAAAGUGCCUUUAACAUUUGGAGGUCUAUUUUCCUAAAUUCUGAAUUAACAGACUACAUGGGAUGGUGCUGGAGUGAACUUGAAAACUUCAGUUUACUUUUUUAUGACUAUUUUCAGGAAAGCAAACUAGUUGUGCUUAACCAUGUAGCGGAAUUUGUUUGUUACUAUAGAUUAUAAUGAAACGAAUGUCUCUGGUAUGUACAUGCAAAAACUGCACUGCUAAAUUAACAUAUUAUGUAAACAUUUAAUAUUACAGAUAAAAUCUGAUUACUAAUUAUUAGUCACCAUGCCACUCUAAUGGAAUAAGUUGGUUUGCAAGGCUGAUUUCAUAUUAAUAAAAUGCUGUUUCAGUUGGUAAUUUUUCAUGGUAUACCAUACAUGUAAAUUAGUGUUACUGUUAAAAAGAGGGCAGAAGACAUGGUCAUACUUUCAAACAAUGCAAAUGUCUUAGAAACUAUGUAACCCAAAUUUUGGCUUUCUGAUUCCAAGUAUAUCAGAUAAAUAUUCUGUAUUUGCUUAACCAAAUUUCACUUUACUUUGGAUAACACUGCAUUACAUGCAAUACUCCUCAUGUUAACAAUGUUGGGAAAGAGUCUGAAUUAUCAACAUAUAAUUCAAUGAUACCCUAUGCAAUUUCUAAAUAAAAAAAUUAGUUGUAUACUUUGUUUUUUUAAAAAUGUUAUGCUACACCAGAAGUCCCUGACCUUGC